AUGUCAAGUUUGCAAUUGGCUUUGCUGUGCAUUGUUUUGGCACCUUUGGCACAAUGCCAAGUAGAUAUUAAUGUGGCUAUGAUGGGACAGAUCUAUUCAAAUCUAGAUCGCAGCAGCUCACCAUGUGCAAACUUAUGGGCUCACUCAUGCGGCAAUUGGUCAGGCAACUACAUGGACAACUUUGAGCGGGCCGAGGCGAGCUAUGCGAAGGCAAUGGCCUUAGUGCUGAGUGGAACUCACGACAAGGAGGGGGAGAAUGCAACACAUCUGUUGCAACAAAUACGUGAUUAUUUUGCUUCGUGUGUUAUCAGCGAUCAGGAGUUGCAAUUGCCACACGAACUCAUCUCUGGCCACUUGGAAUGGACAAAUGCAGCUGGCAGACUGCGUAAAUACGGUGUUAAUGGCGUCUUCCUGGAUGAGUCAGUCGAUGUUGCCUACAACGAUUCGAGACGUUAUGUAAUACAACUAAAGAUGCCAGCCCAAAAUGACCAUUUGCCCAUGGCAACACUUUCCCCCGAGCUGCAGCAGCUGGACAGAGAGCUACGAGAAUUGUGCCGCAAAUACCGCAGAGAGGAGCCAACACUCCAAUCUUGGACACUGGGCGAGCUAAAGCAGCAAAUACCGCAAAUCGAUUGGAAAAACUAUUUCGAGGCGCUGCUCGAAGUGGAGCCGAAAGAUGACCAACUUCGUGUGGAGGUCAGUGAUGUUGGGUACCUGCGAGAGUUAGGCACAUUGCUGCAGAAUAGGAGCACAACCAGUCUGCAAUUAUAUCUAACAAUACGCCUGACCAGUUUUGCACGGAAAGCUAAUCCCAACACAGGGCUUUGGUCAAGAGUUCAUAGCUGUAUUCAACAUAUGCGCGCCGUGCUGCCGCUGGGCAUGAACUACAUCUACGAUCGAUAUGUUUACAGGACACGGUCGGAGGAUACGCGACAGCUCAUGGAAAUCUUCACCAGUUUGCGUAGAACAUUUAACAAGUACUUGGAUUACAAUCACAUGGAGUUAAGUCCACAGGAAUUGGACUAUGUGCGUGCCAAACUGGCCGGAGUUCACCUCAAGCUGGGCAAUUUGCCGGAUGCGACAACCUCGGGGGACUUCUACGAUAGCCAUUAUGCCAGUGCAAACUUUUCUCGUUCGGAUUUCCAGCAUAAUUUUUGGCAGGCACUGCGUCUUCGUACACGGCUACAACACGCCCCAUUGCUGCAACAUGGAGCCGUCUUGCAACCCGAACUUUACUAUCUUAACGAUGAUGUGUUAAGUGCUCGCAAUGCGCCCUAUUUUGAACAUGAAAGGAACACUCUAACCGUGCCCCUGAUCUUUAUGCAGUGGCCCUUCUACGAUUAUCGCCUGCACUCCGUAUUUCAAUAUAGCCUAAUGGGUUUUAUAUUGGGACAUGAGCUAAUGCACGGCUUCGAGCAGGACGGCAUUCUCUUUGAUGCCACCGGCAAUGAGUCGGAGCUGGGUUUGCAACUGCGUCAGCAGCCAAGAUUUCAGGCAGCCCUAAAAUGUGUCCAGAAGACGCCAACGGCAUCGCUGAAGGAGCGAUUGGCGGAUGUGAAUGGUCUUCAGCUGGCAUAUGAUGCAUUCUUUGGCAUUGGUCACGACUCCCAACGAUUCGAAUAUCGACCGUAUGACUUUGAGAGGGAGUUGCUGGCACCGCAACUCUUUCAUCUAAACUUUGCCCAGUUCUUUUGUGGUCGAUUGCCAUUGGCCAUUGACCAUGACAUGGACGAUGUGCGUGUGAAUGUGGCUGAGAGUAACUUAAAGCAAUUUUCCACUGAUUUCAAUUGUCAACAACAGGCACCAUUCACCGGCUGUGAAAUGUGGCGCCCAAGCACAUAGUGGAAUGUACAAAACAUUGUUACACUCUUCAAAAAAUCAACCUCCUUUUGGCGCCAGUGUUUGAUCAGCCUAUUAUUAAGAAAUUUCCAAAAAGUGUAUGGUUGUGGCUUCCUAAAAACUAUGGUUUGUUUCACAGUGAAUCUUUAUAAAACGUAGCCAAAAAAUAUGCAUAAUUUCCAGAGUGUUGUUUUCUAUGCCGUAAAUUGAAUGCGAUUUCUUUUUACUUGUAUAUAUUAUUAAAAAAUAUUAGUAUUUUUAGACUUCACAUAUACACAAGCAUCUUAUACACCAUUGUUUAUAA